CGGAUGCCGCAGCUUGCAGCGACUCAAACACUACUAUACAGCAGUGUACAACUGAGGUUCCACUGAUAUUCUAAAGAAUAAACGGUCUUUCCUGUGUGCCAUAGUCAGUUAUAUUGUGUCCUUUGUUUGCUGUUGUAGAGAAGAAGACAUGUUUUCUGAAGGAUUUUAACAAUGAAAAUCUUUUUAUGUUUUACUUUGCGACGCAUAUGUUUACCGCUAGCUUUGUUAGCUAGCUAGCUAACUUGGGAGGUACCUGCUCCAGGACUGCAUCCACAUCCACAGAAAGAAACAAAACGUUAUGGAGUUCCCUUUUAAUAUCAACCACUUAUUUUCCGAUAGGUUCUCAGUUUUGGACAAUACCUUUGUUGCAAGUCGCGUAUCUCAGAAAAGGCCAGAUCUUCAAUCCCACAUAGCCACUGUCAUUGAUGAAAUGGGGAGAGCCUCUGCAAAGGCCCAAAAAUUAACCACACCUGUAACAAGUGCUGCGAAGUUGCAAUCUCAGCAUCAUCAACUCUAUUUGAUGAAGGAUGGAGAAAGCAAAGGAGGCUGUGGUGCAAUUGUGGGAUUUCUCAAGGUUGGCUACAAGAAGUUGUUUUUACUUGACCAGCAGGGUCUGCACAUAGAGGCAGAGCCACUAUGUGUUUUGGAUUUCUUCAUAGCUGAGAAUUCACAGAGACACGGAUAUGGAUUGGAACUGUUUAAUUUCAUGCUGCAGCACAAGACUUCAGACCCAGUGCAGCUGGCAUAUGACAGGCCCUCUCCCAAAUUGUUGUCUUUCCUGGCUAAGCAUUACUGCCUAACACAAAGUGUUCCUCAGGUCAAUAACUUUGUUGUGUUUGAUGGCUUCUUCCUCAACAAAUCAGUGGAACAGUCGAGAAUGAUUCCCCUAAAAAAGCCAGACACCGAGAUCAAACCCUAUUCCAUCAUGGAGAGAGAAGCGGUGCGUCAGGAGCGGAGGAGUCUUCCCUGGCCGUUUGUCCCUCCCCACUCUCCCCAGCGGUUGGUAUCCUCCCAGUUCUCCCUCAGUCUGGAAUCCUCCCCCACCAAGUCGCCCCUUCGGGCUUCAACACUGUCUGCCCCUGGGGUGCACAGGGACCAGAGUCCAAACUUUCCUCUCAUCGAGCGAUCCCGGGAAAGACGCACCAGUAGCCAACAAGGUCAAGUUGCCAGAGACGGCCUCUACAGUCGCUACAUGGACAACAAAUCUUUGGGAAUGCUGGGAAGGCCCCUGCCAGGUCUGAGAUCGGUGGGAGACCGAUCGCAGGUUUUGAGACGUACAGAAACACACAGGUUGGUGAGUGUUCCCAUAUUACAAAGCAGGCUUGUCACACAUCCACUUCCAUCUGCAACCAAGGACAAUGUCGUUUGCAGGCCGACAUCCCUAACCAACAACAGAUUACAGAUAGGAGCAGAUGCUGAGCUGGCUGGUGUGGAAAAGAAACUCCGACCUCCCAAUGGUACUGGGAACACAGCAAGAGUCCUGUUGGAAAGUCGGAGAUAUUUAUUGGCGAGAGAGCGAGACAUAAGCAGGAGUGGCUGUUGCUGUAUUGUAGGAAACACGCGCUUCGCUGCCCAGCAGGUAAAGCAGAUGCUGUUGAACAGGAGCACCUGUCCGUGGUGAAAAUGUGUAUAAAUGUAGUGUCAGUGCUGAAAUAUCCAUAUUGGAAACCAAUCUUAUAUAUGUCUAUAUCUAUAAUUAUGAAAGUUUUUCACUUUUUGAAUGGAACUAUAGAAAUAAAAUCAAUUUUUCCAAGA